AUGACCUCACGGAAGCGAAACGCUAAGCCCUGCCCGCACAAAAAAACUACCACUACUGAACGGCUUGACAGACGGUCGACAACCUCAUCAUCGCCAGUCCAUACACUCAGCUCGCCGUCGCGACAAGUCUUCAAGAUGCCGAGCCACAAGAGUUUCCGCACCAAGCAGAAGCUUGCCAAAGCUCAGAGACAGAACCGUCCUAUCCCCCAGUGGAUUCGUCUCAGGACCGGUAACACCAUCAGAUACAACGCCAAGCGUAGGCACUGGCGCAAGUCCCGUCUCGGAGUCUAA